AUGGCUUCUGGAGUUGAGCCAAGUGCUCCUCAAAUUAUCUCCAUAACCCCAUUACUCCGAAGACUAUGGCCUUCACCAGGUGAUAAUAAUGUCACGGCAGAGGAAAUUGCUCUGGCCAUAUCCCACAUAUUCACAGAUCAACUAUCUCCAGUUCAGACAGGUGCCCUUCUCACAUGCUUGCAUUUCACUGGCUGGGAUCGAAGAGCAGAUGUUAUUGCGAAAUGCGCCGAGGCAAUGCGACAAGCUGCCACUCAAAUAGACAGGAAGAGACUGGAAAGUGUUGUGAAAGCUCGAGGUCGGCCAGAAGGUGAUUACAGAGGGGGACUUUGUGAUAUUGUUGGAACUGGAGGCGACUCGCAUAACACCUUCAAUAUCUCCACAACUUCAUCGAUUCUGGCAUCAUCUCUUCUACUUCUGAGCAAGCAUGGCAACAAAGCCUCAACCUCUAAAUCAGGUUCAGCAGAUCUGCUCAAUGCUACUCAACCUACAGCUCCAAAUCUGAUGGCCAUCACUCCAGAGACACUCCCUAGUAUCUACGAGAAGAGCAACUACUCAUUUCUUUUUGCCCCAGUGUUUCAUCCAGGCAUGAGAUACGUUGCUCCAAUCCGGAAAGAACUUGGAUGGAGAACUAUAUUUAAUUUACUUGGGCCAUUAGCCAACCCAAUUGAAGGGAGCAUCGAAGCUCGACUUCUAGGGGUAGCUCGAAGAGACAUCGGACCUGUGUUUGCGGAAGCCUUGAAGAUGAUUGGAUCAACUAAGGCCUUGAUUGUUUGCGGCGAAGAGGACCUCGAUGAAAUCAGUUGUGCAGGUAAAACCUACUGCUGGAGACUGGUAAAUCGCUCGACUCAUGAAAAGCCCUCGGCAAGUGAUGUUGAUGUCGAAAGCUUCACUAUUUCACCUGCGGAUUUUGGAUUACCAUCGCAUGCUUUGAAAAAUGUCUCUCCUGGCAAAGAACCCCACGAAAACGCAGAGAUCUUGACGAAGCUGCUCCAGAAUGAACUACCACGGGAUGAUCCAAUUCUCGAUUUCGUUUUGAUGAAUACGGCGGCGUUAUUUGUUGUUUCGGGGGUGUGUGAGGCGGAUACGAGUGAUUUAGGGCAUGGCGAUGAUGGGAAGGUCAUCACUGAGAGAGGUCCUGGUGGGGGGAGAUGGAAAGAAGGAGUUCGAAGAGCAAGAUGGGCAGUUGAGGGUGGUGAAGCCUGGAGGCAAUGGAGGCAAUUCGUAGAGGUGAGCAAUAGCUCUGGGAAGAGUCAAUGA